GCUGGAAAGAGUUUGCCAAGGAGGUCGGCUCAAAACUCACUAGGUAAACUGCAAUGGAGUAAUGAUGGGCGUUCCCUCGUCCUGGACCCGGACAAAAUGGCUUCGAGAAUCAUACAGAUGAAAAAUAGCAGCGGGAAACACCUCCUCUACUGGCCAUCGAAACUAUUUCCUAAGGCAGGUUUCCCAACUGGCACAGGAUCCGCCGUCGUAGAGGCUGCUCUGCCAGAUCUCCUUCAAGGAAUCCUCGACGCCGCCCAGAACGCUCGUCGCGAGGCCAAUGUGGUUGGCGGCGCCGCCGCUGACUUUGUCAAUUCCUGUCUCAAAGAUGCCAAGAUUUUUCUCCGCAUAACCAACCAGUUCCGCUUGAGUGAUCAGACCAGGUUCCUCAACAAGAAAUACUUAUCAGGACUUCCUGAAGGCGCUCCGUUCUCUACAUUUUUCCAAGACAAGCCGCAGGUAAUCACUAAAGUCGACGGGGUGACACCAAUCACCGCUGAGGAGUUUUCUUUUGUAAAAUACGAAGUCAUCGAUUGGGACAAGACUUGGCUAGCCUCCCAAGCCUCUACUACUCCAGAGCAAAGAGACGCAUUGGAGCUAAUCGUCGAAGCCUAUGGUCAUUCUACGGCACCGAAAGAUGUCAUAGCCAAGAUUCACCAGGAUGUCAUCGGCAUGCAGGCAUUUUCGACCAACCUUAUUAACAGCAGCGACCUUCAGUGCAGAUCACCGCCGAAAAAAAGGGAGAUCACAUCAAUGGAGAAGCGAAAGUUAAUGCACUUGGUUAGAAGACUACCUCAGGAUUCGGUCACUAUGCCGUGUAGAUUGUUCAUGCUGCACUCCGGCUCUUACAGCGGCCGUUAA